AAAUUCUGAAGCAAGAAACACUUCUUCUCUUGUCUCUCAAACCCUAAACUUCUAGCAAACCUUUUAGCAAUAAAGUUAUACAAAACCCUAAAUUCCAUUUCCUCUACAUGCAACCCAUCAAGAAAAUAUAUAUAUUUCUUGCAACACAUAGCAAACAACAAACUUUAUUAGCUAGCUAGGUUUUCCUCUUUUUGUGCAACUUUUCACAUAUUGUUUUUCGUGUACCAACUUUUUCUAAACAAUUUUCUUAUUUGUUUUUCUUACUAGUUUAUUAUAUAAAAAUUUGAGUUCUAGGGUUUCUGUUAGAGUUUUAAAAUUCUAGGUUUUGCAUCAAUUAUAAGUAACUUAUUAAAGGACCAAAAAAUUAAAGAAAUGGAAUUAAAAGUGAAUAAAGAAGAGAGUAGUCUACCACCAGGAUUCAGAUUUCAUCCAACAGAUGAAGAGCUUAUAACAUAUUAUCUUGUGAAUAAGAUUUCUGAUGCUAGUUUUACUGGAAGGGCUAUUGCUGAUGUUGAUCUUAACAAAUCUGAGCCAUGGGAUCUUCCAGGUAAGGCAAAAAUGGAAGGAAAAGAAUGGUAUUUCUUCAGCCUUCGUGAUAGGAAAUACCCAACUGGAGUUAGAACAAAUAGAGCUACAAAUACUGGAUAUUGGAAAACUACUGGCAAAGAUAAGGAGAUAUUCAAUAGUAAAACUUCAGAAUUGGUUGGCAUGAAAAAAACAUUGGUUUUCUAUAAAGGAAGAGCUCCAAGAGGAGAGAAAUCAAAUUGGGUGANAAAACUCUAA